GACUGUGUCCUGCGAGAACUGGCACCAAACUGAAGCAUCCAUGGAGUGCUCCGUCCUCUCGCAACAGCCACAACGCACAACAACACUUCGGUCCGAAGUAAUAUAGAAGACAACAUCGCAACCGACGCAAGAUAGAAUAACAACAUUUUCUUUCACCCAUCGACAGCCCAUCUCUUCCGUUGUGUAACUUUCCGAAACCCUCUUUCUCCCGGCUUCCCUCCACGUUCACUUUCCGGGACCCCCAGAAGCCUUGUCGCCGUAAAAACGUAUCCAUGGAUGGGAUGGCUGUUGGCAUGAUGCCCGGGACCGUCCGGGUGCGGUGUGGGCCGCUUCAAGUGAUGCUGAACCAGCAGAAAACCAAAGCUCGGCGGAAAAAGCGAAAGGAGUUGCUCGGUGUGCAGAUGUGCUUCAUUGGGGUGCUGCUCGUGCUUGUAAUGGGGCUCUCGUGUUUGGCGGAGAAAGCAGGAUAUGACCUCUCCAGCAUUACUACUGAGGAGGAUGCCGGGUGGGAGAGUCGAAGGCUACUACAGGAGUCCUGGGACAACGAGACAGACCCUCUGUUGGGCCCCCCGUCCAAAAACUGCACUGAGCCAGCACUACAUGAGUUCCCCACAGACCUGUUCACCAACAAGGAGCGCACAGAGGAGCGUGGCCUUACAUGUCCUAUUGAUUGUGUUUAA